UGUCAGUGAGGUAGUGAAAAAUAAAUGCAAAUGGCGACAGGAGUUGUUAUUAUUCGUAAUAAAAGGUUUUUUAUCAGAUUUAUCGUGAAUUCAGCAAUGGACAAGUAGAAAUAUGUCAGCUAAUAUCACAAAUAUAUUAGUUAUUCACCGUUUCUGAGUGUACGAUUGCAUAUUUUCGUGGUUAAAGUGUGUCAUGCAAAUGGGAAUGGCGGCGGAUAGUGACGGCUCACUGACAGCAGUUGUUAUCUGCGAGGGGGACGUGCGGGAUCCGGAGUUCCCCAAGAAAUUCCGUGUGCUACUGGCGAGGCUGAAAGCCCUCCUGGAGCAACCUAAAUCCAAAAAGUUAAAAGUUAAUAAGGUGGAACCAUGGAACAGUGUCAGAGUAACCCUUUCCAUUCCAAAAGAGGCUGCUGUCCGAUUGAGACAACUCGCAGCAGAAGGGAGUUCGGCAUUGCGUGCUCUGGGUAUCCUUUCGGUGCAGCUGGAGGGAGACACUGUGAUAUCGUUGCGUCUCAUGGGGCAGGAGAUUGUCCUACGAACGGAAACAUCAAGUGCAGCUGGUUCGCAGGACGCAACGACGGGAAUUGGUGAAUUGGGGCGAAUUCUGUCGCAGGCGCAACACCAACAACCGCCACCAGCGUCACAGCAAAUUGUAGCAAAUGGUCCGGGAAUGACAAAUGCAAUGGCACCAACGGCAGGACCGUCCCGAAUAUCCGGCGCCGGUGGUGCAUCAUCCGCUGUGGCGGCAAAUGUGAAUUUAAUCGUAUCGAAUGGUGUACAGAUGAAGGCUUCAGCGCCUCCUCCUCCACCAGGGGCGACGGUGUUCAAAUCCCCCAAUACAGUGUGCCCAAUGGAUGGGAAAUUGCCCGUUGUACAUGUUCCGAAUGUGGAGGCGUGUGAAUAUCCCUUUGAGAGUAUGACACAGGCACGUGUUAUUCAUCGACGGGAGAAUACAAUGGCAAUUGCCGGGCAAACGAGCACCAGUGUUGCAGCAGGAGGAGGACAAUUUGUCCAGCAAACGCCACCACCACCACCUCCGCCGUAUCCCAAUAAAGGUGGUAGUUCGGUGAAAAUGGUGGCAGCGGUGGGAUUGCAGCAGCAGCAACAGCAGCAUGCGGCUGUUAAUGUGGCCAGUUCGAGUCCAUUGCUGGUGAAUUUGCUACAGAAUGAAGGACAACCUGUGGCAAAGGUGCAGCAGCAGCAGCAGAUGAAGCAGCAACAACAACCGGAGAUUGCGGGAAGUGUUGGUGGUGAAAGUGUAAAGAAUAGUGUUGGGGGACAUGGUAUGGUGGUGACUACCUCGUGUGCAAGUGAUGCCCAAGAGAAGGCAGGUGGAUUAAGCAAGGGGGGUAUUAUGGGCAAGCAGACAAUUAGUGGGCAUCAGCAGCAAGCACAGACAUUCAUUGUGAGCGGUGUACCUGUUAAUUCUCACGCUGGUGGCACUGCAACGGGCGCCGUGGUGCCGAAUGUGGUGAACAGUGUGCCAUUGGGUGGUAGUACGGUAGUUUCUACGCAAUCUCCGGCAAUGGUUCUACCACAAAUGGGUGGUGGUGGUGGUGUUGUUGGGAAUUCAGUGCCUUCGAAUGUUAAACUCCAAUCUCGCUUUAUUGGGCAUGGUGGUAACAAUCCUCAGGCAGUGCAGAUGCAGAGAAGUCAGCAGCAGCAGCAGCAACAGAGGGUGAUGAUCACCCAUCAGGCACAUCCGCAGCAGCAGCAACAAACAACAGUGCCUUCGGUGCAGCAGCAGCAGCAGCAUCAAGUGUUGCAGCAGGAUAUGACGACAACGGGAACGACGUACAGGCAGCAACAACAACAAACAUUCAAUAUUGUUUCCAAUGCAGCUGCAACACCAUCGCAAUCAACAUACAAUCCACGGUGGCCUUUGAAACCAAUGGAUUCAGCAACAAAGUCCAGCUUUCAGGAAUUUACGCGCUAUCAAAUGCAAUAUAACCUGAGUCAGCAGCAAUUGCAGGACACAACACAGCCACAACCAUCAUUUGAUGCAACAUCUGCUGCUGCUGCUGCUAAUCACAUUGGCAGCGAUACAACCAAUGCUCAUCAUCAUCAUCAUUCAACAACAACAACAAGCACCACCUUUGCAGGAAGUGGAGUUGAUGUUGUUAAUCAUCAAGCACAUCAACACAGUACGCAGCAGCAUCAAGGUGAUCAUAUGGUGGGAAUCAAUACACUUGGGGAUUUAGAUGAAAGCCUAAAGGAUCUCGAUGCACUCAUCCCAAGUCUCAAUGAUUUUGAGCAUAGCUUAUCGUCAUUGGACCCAAAAGCGCCUUUUGAGUCUCUCCUUGAUUUGGAUUUGACGGAUCAACAGCCGAAUCUUGGGCUUAGUGUUGCCAUGAGUGGUGUUGCAGCAACACUAACAACCACUGCAAAUGCAGCAUCAAACCCCGUGCAAAUACAUCACGAUGGGGGAAUGCUAACGACGACGACGAUGGCAAAAAAGCAGGGGAAUCAUGAGAAGCAGUAUCUGAUAAAUCCGUUAACGGGUGAAUUGGAACCAAUGGCAUCGGAUGAGAGUGCAUCAGAUGGGGAAAUUGAUGAUCCAGCCACAUUUAAUGCCUUCAAUUCGGAAAUGUCCAAUUCCAUCUUCAGUGAUGAUGACAAUUCCUGCAGUACGGGCUUCUCAAAGCUUUCCGAUCACAGUGACACGGAACGUUCGAAUAAUUCGGAAAAUUCUCACAAAAGUAGCAAAAGUGGGAGUAAAGGGCGUACAAAGGAGCGUCGUGAUGGCACAAAGGGUACGAGUAAAAAAUCCUCAGUGAGUAAGGAUAAAACAUCCCUCAAAGUGGCCGCAAAGGAGAAACUUCAGCAGCAAUUUGGUGGGAUGAAGGAUAAACUAUCGAGUAAGGGAAAGUUCAUUGGUGGUGGUGGGAAGGAGAAGGAACGUAGCAGUAAAGUUGUGCAGAAGAUUGUAUCGGCAAAAUCCGAUGAGACAAUGGGAAAAAUGUGUCCGGAAAAGAUAAAAUUGCGCCUAAAAUUGGAGAAAAGUGAACCAAUAACACCCGUUUACAAGGCAGACGUGAGUUUUAUCAAUACCCAACAGCCAAAACGUGCACAGAGUUCAACAACAUCGGGUCUACCGGCCACCAUAACUACCCUCUUGCAAACAACAUCAAGCAGUGGGUGUGGAUCACCACAAUCAAUUGGUGGGGGUGUUUUGCAGCAAUUUACAGCUGUUGCAUCACCAUCACAGCAGCAAUUUGCAUCGCAACAAUCAUCCCCAUCACCAGCUGGGGAGGAAUUACGUGUCCCACCGCUACAUAUAAGUCUCCGUGGACGGAACUCCAUGGUAAUACGCAAUAGUAAGAAGGAUAGGAAGAAAUCUCAGAGUGGUGCAGCAGCAGCAGCAUCUGUUGCCGAUGGGGCUGCCGAUGAGGAGGCAAUGAAGAAAAGUAGCAGCAAAAGGGCAUCAACGGUUGUGUAUGAAAAGGAGCCAACAGAUGGGAGUGAAAGUGAUUUCCUUUUAAAGUUGAAAGCUACAAAGAAAGAUGUUGAGAAAUCACUGAGUGAGAUAACGGCAACAAUUGUAACGACGACAAAAGUUGCGAGUGAUGGUGGUGGUAAUAGUACACAACAGGGUGCAUCAACAUUCAUCAAUACUAGUCAACAAGGGAGCAAUGUUAGCUAUACAACUGCCACAACGCAUCAAACAAUGACAACAACAACAACAACGCUGCAGGAGCAGCAACCUUCAAAAUGCGAACCAUCAAUUCAAUUGUUGUCGUCAGGAGAGGAGAAACAACAACAACUAAAUGAGAUACUUGUUCAUUCAACUAAUGGUAUUCUCCUACCGGCUGAGAAGAAACGUAGGCUCUCAGGGGAGAAGGAUGCCCCGAGUGAGAGAUAUUUGGUUUUAACAGCUCCGAUUGGUUCAACAAAUGUUGGUACCCUGCCGCAGCAUUCAACGCUGUCAACGGCAAAAAUUCAAAAAGGCAACAACAACAAUAACACCGUUAAUCGCUUCCACAAGACAAUUGUAAAGCAGGCAAAAGCAAUGAAGAAUAAGGAACGUUUAACAACAACGAGUGUUGUAACAAAAGAGGGGAAUCGUACACUUGUAACAAUGACAACAAUUGGUGUUGCUGCAACAGCCGCUGCUCAGGAUGUGAGUCAAAAAUCAAUUCUCCCCCAGGGGAAUGUUGAUGCAAUAACAGAGGAGAAAUUCAAGCAGAAAUUUCUUGAGAAUGAAAAACCAAAAGUAAUGGAAAUCUCAACGACAACAGUUCAGGUGAAAAUGCAGCAACAAGAGCAAUCAACAAAGUUGAUGACAACAAAAAUUGAUAAAGUCCCCCAGGCAGCAAAAGCCGUCGCAGUUGUAGCACGAACAAUUGCCGAUGGGAAGAAUUGUGGUGCAGCAAAUUCCCCAAAACGCGAUGUGGCAACAACUGUUGUGGAUGCAAGUGGAAUAGCUCAGGGUGUGCGUGGGUCACCGGGGUCACAGGCACAAGGGGAAGAUAGUGGGAUUGAAUCAAUGGAUGCCCUUUCGGAGAAGAGCCCGCAUCAAUCGUCACAGAGCCCCCAGGCGGAUAUAACAACCACAACGACAACCAAACAGGUGGCAAGCCCAAAGGAUGCAAAUGCCCCAACGGUGACAACGGUGCAUAAUGUCCCCAAGGUGAUUGUAAAGGCAAAAAGUAACAACAAAAUGAAUAAUAUUGAUGAUUUUCACAAUAUUGUGGACAUAGAGGCUGCUUUGGCAAAGAUGGAGGGUAUAAAUGACAUGAUUAUCACCAAAAACUGUGAUAGUGCAAAGGUGAAUGGUGACUAUGCGUUGAGUGAGGUGGAAUUAUUAAGCAAUUUAAGUAAUCAAAAGAGUGCAACAAGUGAUCAUCGUAUGGUGGUUGUAGCCACGACGACAACAACAACAACAGCAUCAACGGAGAGUCUCAAGGGGAAUUGUAAGGAUAUGAAUGAGAAUAAGGAGGUAAAUACGAAGCAAUUAGCAGCUGAUGCGCAAAUGCUCGAUGAAUGUUGCAAUAGUGAGAAGAUGAUCAAGUCUAAUGAGGCACAAAGUGUUGCUGCUGCGGAGGAGAGGAAGCAAAAGACGGAAGAGAAGACGGAGUGUAGUGAUAAAGAUCCACAACCAGUUCGUAUUGUUCCAGCCCUCUAUACAUACUCAAAUUCCGAUAAAGUAGCCAACAGGGAGUCCCCAAUGGAUGCAACUGCAACAGCAGCAUCAACAACAGUAUCCCAGCAGCAACCAAAGGAGAUUCUUCAGCAACUUUGUAUUGAAAUUCCCACCACAAAUGACUCUGAUGUCCCACGGGUACGAACACGUGCGAGUAGUCGUCUUGAGAGUCCACUAGAUGUGCCCAAACAGAGCCCAUCAGCUGCGGAUCCACCCACGCAAGCGGCAACGACGAAAAUGGUGCAAAAACUCUCGGCGGCUGCCAUUGAUAAGCUAAGCCCGAAGACAGCACAAAAGGGUGGGAAACGCAAAAGGCAGGGGAGUGAGAGUUCAACGCAAUCGAGUGUGAGUGAUGAUACACCCGGAAGGGCGAAAAAGACAAGAAAAUCCAAUGCAGAAGCAACCACGGGGAGUGGUGGGAAGAAUGCUCAUCAAAUGCACAGUGGGAAGAAAGUUGUUGAUGGGAAAUCAGCAGCAUCGUGCACAACAACCCCAAAUUCCACAGCAGCAGCAAAACAAACUGAUGGUGUUGCAAAGAAGGUGGAAGAUUCAUCAGAUAGUGAUGAGCCACUCAUUGAAAUUGCGGGAAAAGUGCGAAAUUCCAAAUUAACAAAGAACACACAACAUCAUGAACAUCCGCCGCAGAUUGUUGUGACGACACAAAUGCAUCAGCAGCAUCACAACAACCCCACAACGGAGCCAGUUGAGAAGAUUCUGCGGAAUCACAAAGUUGUCCUUCCCACGGGCACGGUGGCAAUGCUGAGUAAUGCUGUGGCGGAUGCUGAGCACAGUGGUGGCAGUAAGAAUUCUCACAUAACAAAGGGUGGUGUCACAAUAAGUCGAAUAAGUAGUACAGCAGCAAAUGCGGCAAUUGAUGAGAAGAUCAGCACGAGACGGAGUGUCCGGAUGACGACGUCAACGACAAUUGGGAUUGGGGGGAAGAUGAAUAAAGCCACAACGGGGCAAGCAGCAGCAGCAGCAACCGCUGGGAAUGAUUCCACCGCCAAAAUGGGCAGUCAUCAGAUGCAGAAGAAUGUGUCAGUGACACAGAAUAUGGCUGGAACGGAGCAAAGUGAGGCACGGAGGAAGACAAGGAGUGCUGGACUGGAUGCAUCCGAUAAUAGGCGACGAAGAGGCUCACGCGACAGCAAGUGACCAAUACCUUGCGUCUCACCUAAUACAGUAGAGGCGCAACCGGAUCAUAAUUUAAGUGGUGAUUACAGUUUGGACGGCUACGAUUCAUCAGAUGAUAGCGUGGGACUAUCCAUACUGGCUAUUCCAUUAUAUUGAGGAGCUACAACAAGAAAAAAAAGAAAAGAAAAAGAGCAUCAAACACAUAACACACUCACACCCAAAAAAUAAAGAAUUAAUGAAAAUUUUCACCAAUAGUGGCACAAAAUUAUGCAAAGAAAAAAAAGGUACGUGCAACAUAAUUUAUUUGUUUCUUUCCGCUCUUUUCUAUCGCAUAAAAUAUUAUUAUUAUUAUAUUGCAAAAAAAUUAAAAAAACAUUUUAGAACUUUCUUUUUUUUUUAACGUGCAUUUGAACCCACAACACAGAAGAAAAAUGAAAGAAAAAAAAAUAGCGAGAGAGAAAGAAAUUGAUAAAAUUAAUAAACAAAUAUAUAUUUAGAGAAGAUGAAGAAGAAAAAUAAAAGAAAAUAGAAGAUAUAAAAAAGAAAGUGAAACAGUGUCUUAAAAUGAUGUAUUUUUGGUACAUUGAACCACAUAAAAAUAGAAAAGAAAAAAAAAGUAUAUUAAUAUUAACAGAGAAAUGAAAUUAAUGAGGGAGAAAUUGAUAAAAAAAAUAAAUAAAUUUAAAGAAAAAUGAAAAUAAAAAAAGAUAGUGAAGGAACAUUGAACAACACAAAUGAGAUUGAAAUGUAAAAGUAAUAAAGAAAAAAAUUGACUUAAGAUUUUUCAAAUAAUUCAACACAAAUAUUUUUGUAUAAGAUAAAGAAAAAAAUGAAACUAUUAGAAGAAAAAAAAACAUUUAAGGAACAAUAAUCUUUAAAGAUAAAAAAAAGAAAAAAUAAUAAAGCAUAGAAGCAUGAGAUAGAAUGAAGAUUUCAGGCACUUUUUUUUAUUAGAGAUAAUUUUCUUUUUAUUUUUCUUCUUUUAUCUUUUUCUUCAUUAUUUUUGUUGGAUUUGUCUGAAUAGCCAGUAUAAGUACUAGCCCCACCCCCAAGCUAAACUUUAAUCACUAAAUUUAUUUUGUUUCGAUUGCGUUUCUCUUAUAGAGAUUUUCUUUUAUGAAAUUACUUUUAGGAAGAAAUAGAAUGAAGAAAAAACAUCCAAAGAACUUUUUUUUGACUCAUUGGAUGUCCCAAAAAACAUUUUAAAAAAAUCCUUUGUUUUAGUCUAAAUUUCAAGACUAAAAAAAAAGAAUUAGGGAUGAUUUUUAGCGGUUGAAUGGUGAGUCAAAAGAAUCCUUUUUGUUUGAAUUUUUAUGAAGAAUUAAAGCUUAAUUAAUACAGAACUCAUAGAAAGGAUAAAGGGAGUUAGUUUAGAAUUUCCUUCUUCAUUCAUUUUAUUUUAUUCCUUAAUGACAUUUCAAUGACAAUUCUCUGUUUCAUCAGGUACCUUUUCUAUAAUGAAAAAAUUUGGGAAAAGCUUUUAAUCCAUUUUUACCGGCUUAGAAACUUUUAAGUUUGAUAAGUUCUAAAAUAACUCAAUUUUUUUUCUUUAAUUGCUCGGUAAUUGAAAGAAAAUUAAUCUGAUUUAAAUCAAUUUUUUCCCGAACUUUCUUAAUUCUUUGAAAAAUAAUUUCUUAACAAUUUUUAUUAAAAUCGAUUCAGGGAUUUUUUUUUGCAGAGAGCAAUUAUAUUUAGAACGUAAAUUUAAGGAAUAACCUGAGAGGAACUAAUAAUUGAAAAAAAAAGUAGUUUUUCAAAGGAUAUGACUGGGUAAGAAUUGAAUCAAAAUUGCGGGAAAUCUUAAGGAUUUAGAAAGGAAACUUUAUGUAUCUCAGAUCCUAAAAAGUUUCUGCUGUAGAAUUGAUUUUCUUUGUUUUUCCUUUAUAAGUAGGUAUCUCAUAGGUGACAUAAGGACGUUUUCAAUGUCAGAUCCAUGACCUUUCUAGGUCCUGAAAACAUUUCUUAUAUAAAACUUACAAAACUUUUUCUAAGGGAUUUUUUUUGUAUUUGUUUAUCUGUCUAAAUUUACUAAAUCGCGCCAUCCUGAUGAAGGGCAUAAAAAAUGCUCGAAAUGUCAAUAAUGAAUGAAGUUUAAGAGAAGAAGAAGAAGAAGAAGAAUGUUUGUUUCGUUUGUUCCAAUAAAAAUAUUCUUUUGAUUCACCCAAAAACAUCCUCUUCAAAUCAUUUUUAGUUUUUCUUUAAAACCACAAAGAAAAAAAUCAUUUUUAUAAACAAAAAAUCAUCAAAGAAAAAACAUCUAUUAAAUAAAAGUAUUAAAAAAAAGAAAGAGUUUCAAACUAACAUUCCACAAGAGCGAUAUUAUUCUACGAAAUCUAUUUUAUUAGAGCAACUUUAAUUAAUAUGUUUGGAAAAUCAGAUGAGUUCUCAUUAGAUUUAAAAAAGAAAAUCAAGAAUCUCACAAAAUUAAUUAGAAAAUUUCUUCUCAAAGUUGCUAAGAUAGAAAAAAUUAAAUCAUUUCCAAUAAAAUCAUAUUUUUGGGAUAUUUUUCAAAUAGUUUUUUUUGGGACAUUCAAACACAGGAAUAAGUAGUAAAAAUCAUUUAAAUUUUUGAGCCAUGACCUUCCUCAUCACAAUUUAAUUAUGCAAAAUUAUUCCUUUUUUUUUUUUUAAAUAAAGAAUGAUCUUUAGUGUGGUGAAAUAAAAACUGAAUCAUAACGCAAUUUUUUCUAAUAAAAAAUUUGAAAAAAAAAACUUACAAAAAAAUAAUUUAAGCCAACACAUUCACACAACACUUAAACAUUUAUUGAAUUUAGAAGAAGAAAAAAAAAUAAAUUCAUAAAUAGAAAAUCAUCUUAAUUAAAUAAGGUUAAACAAAAAUCAUUGACGCAAAGGAAAAGAAAUGUUUAUAGGACUUUUUUUUAAUGAAAAAAAUCUAUUUAGUUGUAGGAGAUUCUCUUAUUUCUUUCUUCUUGUUUUUUUUUUCUUUUAUUUUCCUUUUUCAGAAGUUUUUUUUUUUAAUUUUUGAAUGAGUGAUUUCGUUAAGUAGAAGAAAGAUAAGUUCUCUCAAUGAAUGCAAUGAGCUUUUGCCUCUAAUAGAGAUCGUGGGAAGAAGAAUUUUUGCUACAAAGUUUCUUAAUAAAAAAAAAAGUUUGAAAAAAGCUUUUGUGUAAAAUACAUAAUAAGCAAAGAAAAAAAUAUGAAUGAUACUUUGUAAAAGCAGAAGAGAUAGAAAGAAAAAAAUGAAAGCUAAUUUAUUUUAGAUCAAACAAUUACACACAGACACAUGAGAUGUACUUUUUAGUCCCAGUUUUUAAUUUAUAAGUAGACUGAAUUUCAAUUUUAUUUCAGCAAAAAAAACCAUCAAAAAAGCAACAUAAAAGAAAAGAAAAAAGAAGGACAAUGAUUGAGAAAAAAUCGGUUAAAGAGAAAAACGGUUAAAUGAAAAUAAUUUUUAUCAAUUUGUAAAUAUUUAAUUAAUAUAUCGGCUGUAAUAAUUUUCAAUCACAGACGUAUAUUUAUAAUGAAAAGAAAAAGGAAGAAUUCUUAUGUAGAAAUAUGUAUGCAGCUAGUCCCAUAAACUGGCUAUUUUAUAUUAUAUAAUAAUACAUUUAAUAUUUAAAGGAUGAAAGUAAAAAAAUUAAUUAAAUUUUUAUUUGCUUCAUCUGCAUUUUUUUUUCUAAAAAAAAAAAGAAAAAAUGUGAAGUAAAAAUAGGUAAAAAAAAAUAUGUUUCUAUUGUACAGAAUUAUUAAUUUAAAAAAAAAAAGAAAAAGAGAAAAAUCACAUCUACACACAUACACACAAACACACAGAUUUUCUUUCCAUAAAACUUUGCGAAAGAAGGUAAUAAAGAAAAAGAACAAGAUGAGGAAUGUAGGAAGUAAAUAAAGAAAAAAAUUAUAUAGAAAAUAUAUUUAAUGAUGAUGAAAAAAAGAUAAAAAAAUAAACAUAAAAAUAUUAUUUAUUUACCGGAAUGCAGUGAGAAGAGAGAAGAGAUUAUGAAUGAAGUGCGACAGUGUGAAUAAAAAAAAAGAAACAAGUGCUAAGUUAAUUUUUCGAUGAUAAUUUAAUGAAAUUAAAUCACUUUAAUGUCAUAAAAAAAAGAAACGUAAUUAAUAAGUUUUAAUAAAUUAUUAUGAUAAGUAUGUAAUGAGAAAAAAAUCCACAAUUUUGCUUCUUUUUUUUGUGUGCCUGUGUGUGGUGACUUUACACUGAAAAAAAAGAAUAAUAAAUAAAUUUUCAAAAAGAAAAAAAAAUAGAGUCAACACAGUCAAAAA